UGAGGCACACCUGGAUUAAUUAGGAUGAGACUUAAACCCAGUUCAGGUGUGCUGGGCUUUGGGUUCCCGGAGCAUUUUCAGAGGUUCAUUAUGGUGUCUGUCUCUUGACCUCAACUGGGUCUACAGCCAUGAUGGCAGGUGUAUCCGGUAGCAACUGAGUGGAUGCGUGGAGAGCGGGGGCGCCUCGAGACCCGGAAGGAGGAAUCCGUUGAAGUGAGGCAAGUCACAGAGCUUCCUCAGCCCGGCUUCGCUCUGGGGGCUCAGCAGCCGCCUGAACCGCCCGCUCCCCCUGCUGUUCAGACCGAGCCACUGCUCCUCAAGCAAGCAGCCUGGACUUGAGAGGAAGUGUGCGGAGGAAGGAAGUGGGCAUAGAAGGGUACAGGGCUCUGAGUCUUAAAGUCAGUGUCCUAACAUCUUUGUCACCAAAACGUUUCUCAGGCGCCUUCAGGGAGUGCUUUCUGUUUGUUUAAUUUGUGACUCCCUGGUUAACUUCUCUAGUGGUUGCUUAUGCCCCCAGAAUCAGAUACAGCGCUUUUAAUCAACGAAGGAUCAGGACGGUUCCCCCCGCGGUCCCUCCCGGUGUCCGGGUUUGGCCAGCCUUUAGGUCAUGCCGGGCAGGCCGGGAGCCUCUGCGCUCAUAGUGGGGCGCGCGCGGAUUGGGUUGAGGACACGCCGCCACGCUUCUAGGACCCAUCCAAGCUUGAAAGGCGAAACCCGGACUCCUUCCUGCUCCACUCUUGUAAAGUCCCGGCAGCCCAGAGACGUCCCAAGCUCCUCCGGGGCUAGGAGACCCCAGCCCGGACGCUCGCCCUGCGCAGCCAAGGUCCCCUAGCGCCCCCUACAGCCACGCGCCCGGGGAGACGGAGCCGGGCCCUGCGCCUCCGUACCACGCCCGGGACCCCACCCAGCGGCCCUCAGCCCAGGACCGCGGGAGCACCGCACCUCGCGGCUGCAGAAACUGGGCGUGCGUCCGGGCGGGCGCGCAGCAUCCCCUACUACUUCUGAUCGCUCCGCCCGCCGCGGCCCCACUUCCCCUCCCUUCCUCUGUUGCUCCCUCCCUCCUUCCCUCCCGCCUGCCCGCCAGCCGGCGCCGGACAAGCUAAGCCUCUUCUCUUGGGGCGCUCUUCCCUUUGACCGACCGUCGCAUCCCGCGCAACUCUGGGACGGACGGUGGCCGUUUGGUCUUGAAUGUUCCCCUCCGAGAGCGCAUGGCUGAGCAGUCGAGGCGCGGGCCGGGUCCCCGAGGAGCUGCCAUCCGGGAGGCGGUGAUGCUGCUGUUGUGCUUGGUAGUCCGGACCGGGCGCCCCUACAACGUGGACACAGAGAACGCGCUACUCUACAAGGGUCCCCCCAACACUCUAUUUGGCUACUCGGUGGUGCUGCACAGCCACGGGGCAAACCGAUGGCUUGUAGUCGGGGCGCCCACGGCCAACUGGCUCGCCAACGCUUCGGUGGUCAAUCCUGGCGCGAUUUACAGAUGCAAGAUCGGAGGGAAUCCAGAGCGGACGUGCGAACAGCUCCAGCUGGGUAGCCCUCUUGGAGACCCCUGUGGAAAGACUUGUUUGGAAGAAAGAGACAAUCAGUGGUUGGGGGUCACGCUUUCCAGACAGCCGGGAGAGAAUGGAUCCAUCGUGACUUGUGGGCAUAGAUGGAAAAAUAUAUUUUACAUGAAGAAUGAAAAUAAGCUCCCCACGGGUGUUUGCUAUGGCAUGCCCUCCAAUUUACGGACAGAAUUGAGUAGAAGAAUAGCUCCGUGCUAUCAAGAUUAUGUAAAAUUUGGAGAAAAUUAUGGAUCAUGUCAAGCUGGGAUAUCUAGUUUUUACACAGAGGAUUUAAUUGUAAUGGGGGCCCCAGGGUCAUCUUAUUGGACUGGCUCUCUUUUUGUCUACAAUAUGACUACAAAUAAGUACAAGGCUUUUUUAGACAGAGAAGACCAAGUGAAAAUUGGAAGUUAUUUAGGCUACUCAGUUGCCGCCGGUCAUUUUCGCAGUCUGCAUACUACUGAAGUAGUUGGAGGAGCCCCUCAGCAUGAACAGAUUGGUAAAGCAUACAUAUUCAGCAUCGAUGCAAAGGAACUAAAUAUCAUACAUGAAAUGAAAGGUAAACAGCUUGGGUCUUACUUCGGAGCUUCUGUCUGUGCCGUGGACCUCAACGCAGAUGGCUUCUCAGACCUCCUCGUGGGAGCGCCCAUGCAGAGCACCAUCCGGGAGGAAGGGAGAGUGUUCGUGUACAUCAACUCUGGCUCGGGAGCAGUAAUGAAUGAAAUGGAAACAGAGCUCAUUGGAAGUGACAAAUAUGCUGCAAGAUUUGGGGAAUCUAUAGUCAGUCUUGGUGACAUUGAUAAUGAUGGCUUUGAAGAUGUUGCUGUAGGAGCCCCCCAGGAAGAUGACUUGCGAGGCGCUAUUUAUAUUUACAAUGGCCGAGCAGAAGGGAUCGCACCAGCCUUCUCACAGAGAAUUGAAGGACUUCAGAUCAGCAAAUCACUAAGUAUGUUUGGACAGUCUAUAUCUGGACAAAUUGAUGCAGAUAAUAAUGGAUAUGUUGAUAUAGCAGUUGGUGCUUUUCGGUCUGAUUCUGCUGUGUUGCUAAGGACGAGACCUGUAGUGAUUGUUGAAGCUUCUUUAAACCAUCCUGAGUCAGUAAAUAGAACAAAUUUUGACUGUAUUGAAAACGGAAUGCCUUCUGUGUGCAUGGAUCUAACACUCUGUUUCUCAUAUAAGGGCAAAGAGCUUCCUGAUUAUAUCGUUCUGUUUUAUAACAUGAGUCUGGAUGUGAACCGAAAGGCAGAGACUCCAUCAAGAUUUUACUUUUCUUCCAAUGGAACUUCUGAUGUCAUUACAAGCAGCAUAAAAAUAACAAGCAGAAUGGCAAACUGUAGAACACAUCAAGCAUUCAUGCGGAAAGACGUGCGGGACAUCCUCACCCCAAUUCAGAUUGAAGCUGCUUACCACCUGGGGCAUCAUGUUCUCAGUAAACAAAGUACAGAGGAAUUCCCACCACUUCAGCCAAUUCUUCAGCAGAAGAAAGAAAAGGACAUGAUUGAAAAAACAAUAAACUUUGCAAGAUUUUGUGCCCAUGAAAAUUGUUCUGCUGAUUUACAGGUCUCUGCAAAAAUUGGAUUUUUGAAGCCGCAUGAAAACAAAACCUAUCUCGCUGUUGGAAGCAUGAAGACGUUAAUGCUGAACGUGUCCUUGUUUAAUGCUGGAGAUGACGCAUAUGAGACAACUCUGCAUAUCCGACUGCCCACCGGUCUCUACUUCAUUAAGAUUUUAGAUCUGGAAGAGAAACAAAUAAACUGUGAAGUAACAGACAGCUCUGGCAUAGUAAAACUUGACUGCAGGGUGGGUUAUAUAUAUGUAGAUCAUCUAUCAAAGAUAGAUUUCAGCUUUCUCCUGGAUGCCAGCUCACUCAGCAGAGCAGAAGAGGAUCUCAACAUCACAGUGCACGCCGCCUGCGAAAAUGAAGGGGAGGUAGGCAACCUGAGGCGUAACGAAGCGACUUUGACAAUCCCUCUCAAGUAUGAAGUCCUGCUGACUGUUCACGGGUUUGUAAACCCACCUUCGUUUGUGUAUGGACCAAAGGAGGAAGACGAGCCUGAAAUGUGUGUGGCAGAAAAAAUGAACUUCACUUUCCACGUCAUCAACACUGGCCAAAGCAUGGCUCCAAAUGUCAGUGUGGAAAUAAUGAUACCAAAUUCUUUUAUUCCCCGAACGGAUAAGCUGUUCAACAUUUUGGAUGUCCAGACCACUGCUGGAGAGUGCCAUUUUAAGAAUUAUCAAAGAACCUGUGCAUUAGAGCAGCGAAAAGGUACACUGGAGACCCUGAAAGACAUACUCAGAUUUUUGUCAAAGACUGAUAAGAGGCUACUGUACUGCAUAAAAGCUGAUCCACAUUGUUUAAAUUUCUCAUGCAAUUUUGGGAAAAUGGAAAGUGGAAAAGAAGCCAGUGUCCACAUUCAGUUGGAAGGCCGGCCAUCCGUUUUAGAAAUGGAUGAGACCAGAGCACUGAAGUUUGAAAUAAGAGCAACAGCUUUUUCAGAGCCAAAUCCAAGAGUUAUUAAACUAAACAAGGAUGAGAAUGUUGCACAUGUUCUGCUGGAAGGACUGCAUCAUCAAAGACCCAAACGCCAUUUCACUAUAGCGAUUAUUGUAAGCAGCUUGAUACUUGGACUUAUUCUACUUUUAUUGAUUUCGUAUGUUAUGUGGAAGGCUGGCUUCUUUAAAAGACAGUACAAAUCCAUCCUACAAGAAAACAGAAGAGACAGCUGGAGUUACAUUAACAGUAAAAAUGAUAAAGAUGACUGAAGACGUCUUUCAAAUUGAGAGAAUUAAUAAGCCUCAGGUUAGAGUAAAGAAAUUAGUAGACAUUGUUUACAAGAAACCAUGAAUUUUGCUCAGACUUCUACAUACAUUUUUCUACUCAUGACCUUGUGACCUUGUGAAAUGCAAAUGGAAAACCAAGCAAUUAUUCUUUGAGAGAAAGUAACUGCAAAGGUAAGAUUUUAAUACAUCUAAUCUUUCAGCUUUUAAAUGGAAAGACACUAACACAUACAGUUUAUUAAAGAUAACUAAGAGAUCCUGAAAUGAAAGUGGACCUGCGUUAAAAUCAUCUUGAGGAAGUAAACGACUCCACUGGAGAAAUCUUGAAAUAGGUGUCAUUUCCCAUAUACAUACGCUUGUUGCUUUGGUAAAGUAAAUUCCGCUGAAUAGGUAAUGCUUCAUUUGUAAUAUAUUUUUGAGACUUGUUGGAUUAGGGUCUCUAGAAAUAUUUGAAA